AUGGAAGAUGUGAUUCAAGAACUCUUGUUAAACAUGUCACACUUUAUUUUAUUUGUUGUGAAUGAAAUGUCAUGGGAAGAGUACCAAUUAUUGUAUGAAUUAUUGUACAGAAGAGAUCAUGGGAUUAAUCCAACCACUGGUAAACCAAGAAAGAUUACAUUUGUCGUAGUUCACAAUUUCAAGGAAUGUGACACAAUGGAUGAUUUUAACAAGAUGGUUCAAAAAUAUGUCGUUGAAGCAUUCCCUGGAGAGUUGAGAAGUAAGGAAGUGAAUAUCGUUGGAAGUAAUUUAUCAGGAUCAACUAAUACAUCUGGAAAUGUUACAACUGUUGGAUUUGCUCCAUUCUAUACUUCUGGAAGCGGAAACUGUGUCGUGAAUCAUGUGUUCUUGGCAAAGAAAGAAUCAGAAAUCGGACAAAAGUAUAAUCCAUUAACCUAUGCAUUGAUUAGAAUUUGGCUGGCCUCCCAAUCUACUGAGAGAAUUCACUGUAUGACCUCUUAUUUGACAAGUCAUAUUCAAGCUUCUUUGCAAAAUCAUAUUGAGAAUAUUAAGGAUGUCCAAAUGACAUUUAAGGUGAAGAAGGGACUUUUUGAUGACAAUACUUUAAUGAUGAACACAAAUAAUGUCAGCAACAACAUUAAUGCCUCCAACACCAAUUCUAAUAGUGGCGGAUUAUUGAGCUCAUGGGCAUCCAGUAUGAUACGAGGCAGCAGUCCAAGCGGCACUGGCAGUGACAUUAAGAAAAAUCCAACAUCACAAACAGCCCAUAUUGUUCCAUCUUCCAUUGGCGAAUUUAUUGUGAAAUUCUUGCCUGAAGAUGAAUGUCAAUUGCAAUAUCGUAGUGAAACCAAUAAUGAUAACAAUGUUGCUAACGUGGUUGGAAUGUAUACAGGUGGAGGCGUGCAAAUUCCAAAGAAAUCUGAAGAAGAAUCGAAAUCUGCUGAACCACGCAAUUGA